AUGCUCGGAUCUACACUCGCUAUCGCCAUUGGCCUCUUCAGUGCCCACGGCAUCCUGGCUCGCCCAAUCAAAGGGAUCGACAGGGCUGUGAUCCAAGACGAAUACGACUUUGUCAUUGCUGGAGGUGAUCGUCUCCAUUGUAUCACUUCCGAGUCUGGUGCUAACAGAUUGGGCUUAGGUGGAACUGCUGGUCUUGUCGUUGCUAAUAGACUCAGUGAAUCUGGGAAAUUCCGGGUCCUCGUCCUGGAAGCUGGACCUGAUCCGAACGUCGUGGCAGCAUACAAGCCACUUGGUGGAAAUUCUUUAAUUACAGGCUCACCCAUCGACUGGAGGUUCGAUACAACACCGCAGGAAGGCCUUGAUGGGAGAAUUCUCACCUAUCAUCGUGGCAAGGGGCUCGGUGGAAGUAGUAUGAUCAAUGGAUUCUACUACGGGCGUGGCACUUCAACCGUCUACGACCUAUGGGAGAGUAGAGGAAACCCAGGGUGGUCCUGGGACGACGUCUAUCCUCUGUUCAUCAAGGGCACCCACUUCAAUCCUCAAAACGAAUCUAAGGGCUUCGAUGAUACGUACAAGACAUUCGACAGCAAAGCCUACGGCGACGGGCCCCUUGAGAUCGCAUAUCAAGGCUACGUCCCUGAAACGAGCGUUGCCUUUAUGAACGCCUGCGCAGCGGCCAAUAUCCCCGUAGUCAAGGAUUACAAUACGGGCAACAGCACAGGUGUCAAGCAAGGUACUGCCACGCUCGAUAAGCAUCUCUUGCGUAGCUCUAGUUAUGAUGGGUACUUGAAGAAGGCUCUUGGACGGAAGAACCUGGACGUUCUGUACUAUGCACCUGUCCAACAACUUCUGUCCGAUACUUCGGGAGAGAAGCCCAAAGUAACGGGAGUUCGGUUCAUGGAUCAUCCAACGGGGAGAAUGCAUCAAGUCCAUGCAUCCAAGGAAGUCGUCGUGUCGAUGGGGGCGUUUCAGUCACCCCAACUCCUGAUGGUUUCGGGUUUUGGUCCAUCCGCUGAGCUGGAGAAGUUCGCCAUCGAGCCUGUCGUUAUAAAUGAAAACAUUGGCCAACAUUUGAACGAUCAUAGUGUUUUUAGUAUUAUGGCAAGAGUGGGCGAUGAGCUCAAAUUCUCUUCGUCUCAGCUCGCAUCCGACUUCACGUUGCUGCAAGAAGCUCAAGAGGAGUUCUACAACAACGGCACUGGGCCGUAUACCGCUCCAUCCGGUAUAACCAAUGGAUUCCAGCGACUUUCGGAACAGGAGCUCUUCGAUAUCGGCGCAGGUGCAGUGGUGGAAGCAGGCCUUGCUGACCAGUCCCAUAUCGAGUACCUUUUCGAGUCAACGUGGUACCCUUCAGGUCCAACACCGUACUACAAGCAACUUUCCAACGAAUCUUAUAUAUCCUUGACGACGAGCAGCAUGGUGGCUCUGUCACGGGGCAAUAUUACUUUAAAGGGCACGUCGAUGGCUAUGGCUCCUAAUAUUAACCCAAAUUACUAUACUCAUGACGCGGACCGUGCCAUUGCCAUUCGAGGUUUCCACUACCUCCGCAAAAUUCUCGCUCAUCCCGCCUUGUCAAAAUACACAUACGGUGAGAAUAAUGGUGAAGUGAGCCCCGGUGCAGCCGUAGACGAUGACGACGAAGACGCCAUAUUCGAGUACGUCAAGGCCAACAGUAUCCCCAAUUGGCACGCUGCUGGCACGAACCAAAUGCUUCCUGAGGCCGACGGAGGCGUUGUGGAUGCACGUCUCAGGGUCUAUGGGGUAGACGGUCUUCGUGUUGUGGAUUGCAGUAUCAUUCCUGUUUUGCCGGAUGUUAACAUUGUUGGGCCUGUUUUCAUGAUUGGAGAGAAGGGUGCGGAGUUGAUUCGCGAAGAUUGGAAUGACACUGGAACCUGA